GCUUGGAGUGUACCAAUACCAUGGUACAAAUUUAUUGGGUAAUUAUCUUGGCAUUUGAGGCUGUCAAUCAGCACGACACCUUACACCAUGCUGCUCCGCUGUGUGCGUCCCCUGCGCGCGGCGCCUAAAGGCGCCGCCUCCCGCCGAUCCUCGCUGUUCUGGCGCAGUUUUGCGUCCGCAUCCUCUAAUUCGCUCGAAGCCUGCGUGCGGGAGCGCCAGCUGCCACCCUUCGAGCGGCUGCAGCUGGAUGAGAUCGAGCCGGCGAUCACCAACGCCGCUGCCGACUACACGCGUGAUCUGCACGAGCUGGAGAAGAAGCUUCGUGAUGCCGGUGAGAAUGUCCAAUUCGGAGAUGUGGUAGACCCGCUGGAAGUGCAGGGUGACGCGUUGGGCCGCAUGUGGGGCAUCGUGGGCCACCUCAUGAGUGUACGCAAUUCGGAGGAACUUCGCGCCGUGCACGACAAGCUGCAGCAGCUGGUGAUCAAGACGGUCACUGAAGCCUCACAGAGCAAGACGCUCUACGACGCGUAUCUCGCGGUGCGCGAGAGCGACGAGUGGAGCAAGCUCGAGCUGGCACAGCAGCGGAUCAUCGAGCUCAGUCUCCGCAGCGCAACGCUCAGUGGCGUCGGACUGGAGGGUGAGGAGAAGGAGAAGUUCAAUCGGCUCAAGCUACGUGCUGCCGAAUUGAGCACUAAGUUCUCGUCGAAUCUGCUCGAUGCCACCAAGGCGUAUUCUAUCACGAUCACCGAUAAGAACGAGAUGGAGGGUCUACCUCCCUCGUUGCUGCAGAUGUUUGCACAGAGCGCUCGUGACGAGGGCCAUUCGGAUGCCUCACCUGAGAAUGGACCGUGGCGUAUUACGCUGGACCCGCCGUCCUACGUGCAGUUCAUGAAGUACUCAGCUAAUCGAUCACUUCGCGAGACGCUCUAUCGGGCAUACGCAACUCGUGCCAGUGGCGAGGCUUUCGAUAAUGAAGGCAUCAUUUUGGAGCUGCUCGAGAUCCGCCAGCAGAUUGCCAACCUGCUUGGCUUCAACUCGUAUGCUGAGGUGAGUAUCUCGAAGAAAAUGGCGCCAAGUGUGGCAGAAGUUGAAAAAAUGCACAGCGACCUUCGUGAAAAGUGCAUCGCGAUCGCCCACGAGGAAGUGAAGACUGUGGCGGAGUAUGCAGAACAGCACGGACAAUCGGAGCCCCUGGCUCCCUGGGAUCUCGGCUACUGGUCUGAGAAGCUUAAGGCCGAGAAGUAUUUGUUCACUGAUGAAGAGAUCAAGCCAUUCUUCCCGCUCGAACGCGUGCUCGACGGACUGUUCUCGCUCACCUCGCGGUUGUUUGGCGUGACUAUCGAAGCUGCCGACGGCCAGGCCGAGGUCUGGAACCCCGAUGUGCGCUUCUUCAACGUGCGCAGUACCGAAGGCGAUAAGGAGGUCAUCGCUCGCUUCUUCCUGGAUCCAUACUCGCGUCCAAAGGAGAAGAAUGGAGGCGCUUGGAUGAACACGUGCGUGGACCGUAGCCGCCUACUUGGCCCCAAGGAGCAGGAUGGCAAGCGCAUUCCGGUGGCCUACAUCAUCUGCAAUCAGUCGCCACCCGUGGGCGAGACGCCGAGCCUCAUGACGUUCCGCGAGGUGGAGACGCUCUUCCACGAGUUCGGCCACGGUCUGCAGCACAUGCUGACGCAAAUGGAGUACGGUGACGUGGCUGGCAUUAACGGCAUCGAAUGGGAUGCCGUCGAGAUCCCGUCGCAAAUGAUGGAAAACUUUUGCUACGAUAAAGACACGAUCGCGGCGAUCAGCGGGCAUUACAAGACUGGCGAACCGCUGCCGGAUGAUCUGUUCGAGAAGCUCAAGUCUGCGCGUAACUACUUGGUAGCCACGGGCAUGCUGCGUCAGCUGGGCUUCGGCGCGCUGGACAUGUAUCUGCACUCGCACUACUCCUCGUUGGAGGAGCCCCUGUUUGCAGUGCAGCAGCGUCUUCUGAGCGAGUACGCCGUGCUGAGUCCGCUGGAGGAGGACCGCUUCCUGUGCUCGUUCGCUCACAUCUUCGCUGGAGGCUACGCUGCCGGUUAUUACAGUUAUAAGUGGGCAGAAAUCUUGUCGUGCGAUGCCUAUGGAGCUUUUGAGGAGGCGGCGAAGGAGAGUCCCGGGGCUGCAGCACGCGUUGGUCGUAAGUUCCGCGACACGAUCCUGGCUCGUGGCGGAGGCCAGCAUCCAGAGCAAGUGUUUGAGGCCUUCCGCGGGCGCAAGCCGUCCAUGGUGCCACUGCUCACGCAGUACGGUCUGGCCGACAACUAAGGCAAAUAAACCAAGGCAACUUCAACAUGAAACAAGUAUCCAUUACGCAUAGACCGAACAUCGAAAAAAAAUGAGCGACCGCUGCUUGGCGAGGCGCAGGAUCCGGUGGUCAGCGACGGCCGGAUUGCCACCGCGUUAAACGCGAGCAGGUAGGUUCAUGGUGGCAUGCAAAAGCCAAGUCAAUUGCCUUCGGGCGCGGCGUUAUUCACCGUUUUGCGAAAAAGAACGCGCAAAGGGGCUCAGAUGCCCAUCACGCUGCUACAACUUCAACACCACACGGCAUAAGUUUUCGCAGGUCUUUCCACAAAGAACCUGCAGGUAAAAUGGGCUCGAAAACCAUGCAGAGGACCAUUUUCUACGAUUUUCGCAUUUCAUUUUGCGUAAUGCGUUUGAUUGUGACGACAACUGGGGAUUACAGGAACAACGUACUGUAGUACAACAGCAAG